CUCACUGAGAAGUCUAACCGUGACAAUGCACACAGACAAACCCCAAAUGUCAACAAAAGCCUACAACGGAUGCGUGGUCUGCAGGACCAGAACAAGGCCCUGGAGACGCGCCUCAACCUCCUGCAGGAGAAGCCGCCGUACAAGGCCAACAUCGACGAGCUGGUGGAGGAGCUGAGGAGCGGGCUGAAGAGGCAGGUGGAGGGCCUGGCACUGGACAACGCCAAGCUGCAGCAGGAGCUGGUCAGGGCUGAGGACGACGUGGAGCGCUCCAGGGAGAAGUACGAGGAGGAGGUCCAGAAGAAGGCAGAAGCGGAAAAUGACUUUGUAAUCAACAAGAAGGUGGUGGAUGAUGGGUUCCUGCAGAAGAUCGCACUGGAACUGGAACUGGAGGAACUGCAGGGGGAAGUGGACUUCCUCAAGAGGGGCUACCAGGAGGAAAUCAAGGAGCUGGAGUCUAUGAUCCAGAAUGCCACUGUGGUGCUGGAGAUGGAGAAGCCUCCAGAGCUGGACAUGAAGGACAUCCUGGACAAAGUCAAGGCCCAGUACGAAGCCAUGGCCGCCCGCGCCCGGGAAGACGCAGAGCAGUGCAACCAACAGAAGAUGGAAGAUAUGAUGCAAGAGGCUGGUAAGCGUGAGCAGGAUGUCAAAGACCAGAAGAGCGAGAUUGCUGAGCUCAUCCGGCAGAUCCAGAGGCUGAAGGCAGAGUUGGAGAUCCUCAGCAAACAGAAAGUCAAUUUGCAGAGCGAUAUCAAUGAAUGUGAGAAGAGGGGAAAGCUGACCAUGGAGGAGGCCCAGGAGAGGAUCGCUCUGCUGCGGGAGGCUCUGAAGAACACGAAGCAGACCAUGGCCCUUCACCUCCGCGAGUACCAGGACCUGCUCAGCGUCAAGCUGGGCCUGGACAUCGAGAUAGCCACCUACAAGAAGCUCCUGGAAGGGGAGGAGAUGAGGUGA